AUGAAUUUGAUGAUAUUCUGUUGUAACAAAAUCUGUUUAUGUGUUUGUGUUGCCAGAAAUUUAAUUGCUUCUCCUGACAUGGUUGUGCUUCAGGAUGUCCUAUGCUUGAUCCUAUCAAAGCUGCCCCUGAAUGAAAUUGUUCGGACGAGCACUCUUUCAACCAAGUGGAGACACACAUGGACAUCAUGCCCUAAUCUAAUAUUUGAUGCUGCCACGAUGUGUGCCAACAGUACUACUUCCAGCAAAGAGCAGCGCGCGCGGGUUUUCAUUGCAAGUGUCAAUGCUGUCUUGAAGCAGUGUGGUGCUACGGCUGUUGAAGAAUUUCAGAUCAAGUUCCCAUUCGACAACCUGCUAGUUGAUCAUCUCAAUAACUGGGUGAAAUUUGCUGUCUUGUCACGGGCAAAGAAUCUAGCAAUUGAGUUGGAGCCCGAGGACUCAAGAUGCUGCAAACAUCCGUUUCCGUUUGAGCUUUUCGACAAGCAAAGCAUGUCCCGCCUUGAGGCAAUUCGUCUCAGCUUCGUAUCACUUAAAGCACGACCCAACUUUAGUGGUUUUCCAAACAUCAAAGCGCUUGAUCUAAGAAGUGUGGAUGUCUCUUCAAAUGAUCUUCAGCUUGUUCUGUCAAGUUGCUCCAAUCUUGAGAGAUUAAGCAUCGCUAUGUGCCAUCCGCAUGAUGACAUAAGGGUGUCACUUCCGCGUCUGCAACACUUGCACGUGGCGCACAGUUGCAUAAACAAAAUACACUUCAUCUCCAAGAACCUCCGAACUUUUGUGUAUGAUGGAUUUAUGGUACCUCUUGAUCUCAGUGAAAGUCUGCAACUAGGACAUGUGGAAAUGAACUUUCCUUUGUUAACGCUAGAGCAUGCCAUUACCGAACUUCCCCGAGCGAUGCCCCAUGCACAGAACCUGAAUCUGAGUGCAUGCAUGACAUUGAAGGUAUUUUGCUUGCCAGAGGGUGUGACCAAGUUUUCUCAUCUGAAGUAUCUACAGCUGAGGUUGUAUUUUUCUGGUCAGGACAAUCUCCUCUCCUUGGCUUCUUUUCUCAAAGCUGCCCCUCUACUAGAAGAGUGA